GAGCUACUGAUGCCCUCAGUGAUGCUGGACUGGGAUGAUGGCACUCUGUGGUGUAGAGUAUAAAACAGACUCACAACAUCUACUGGCAGCUUACACCAAGCACUGACCAACAUGUCUUCAGCAAGUGUGCUCCUCCUCGUCACACUCCUGGGCUUGAGCAGUUGUCUUGCCUGUCGUCAAUCAUCGUUGGGACGACGCCCGUGCAGACCUGGCCGUUGGCGAUGCCCCGCCCCCUGGGUGCGGUUCCGUUUGUCCUGCUACACUUACAUCGAGCAUCCUCUGCCCUGGAUAGAUGCUGCAAGUCUCUGCAAGUUACUUGGUGCUAAUCUUGUCGAAAUCAACUCGGCGGCAGAGAACAUGUUUGUCAACAACAUUUACAAGAGCAGAAACGUCGAGCAUGGCUGGCUGGGUAUCAAUGACAUCCAGCAAAAUGGCCGCUGGGUGCUGACGUCAACCGGAAGACCCCUACCUUACAGCAACUGGGCCCCUGGGGAGCCCAACAACUACGCGGGUAAACAGGGCUGUGCCCUCAUGUACAGAAACGGAAAAUGGGACGACAACUCCUGCCUCAUCUCGACUGCCUUCACCUUCGUCUGCGAAAGAAGGCGCGUUUUUCAAUGAAGACAGCCAAAACUCAAAAGAGGGAACAUCGCUGUCACUACUGGCAACGGAGGAGACAUAUUCGACACUUCAAAAGAAAUAUUGUCAUCCUGAGUCAUCCUGAUGUCUCUGGAAUCCAAACAUUUUCGUAUCACAAUAAACUCUCUUGGCAUGUGA